AUGUUGGCGCUCCUCAUUGACCACCAGAAGAUGUGCCAUAUGCAGAAGCUUGCCAACACACUUGUGAAUAUCAAGCUCACCUUGCUGGAUGAGCUCCACUUGCAAAUGAUCAAAGACAGCAAGGAGAUGAGUGCCUUUGUCAACCAAGACCCAAGUUUGGUGAAGGCCAGCACCCUGUUGGCUGUGUGGAAGAUGCCCCAGCACGUUCUCCAGGCCCUUGAUAAAUUUGACAGCAUGCUGGAGCCCAUCCCGCUGAAACACCAGGUCCUCCGUAACCCAGGCAGCAGCCUGCUGCCACGGAUCACCGCGUCAGUUGCUGUCAAGAUGCCAGUGAUACUUGUCAGAUGCAAGUCACAUGUGACAUCCUGUAGUGUGGAGCUGCACUGCCUGAUCUGGAAUCACCCUCAUCCAGAGGGUCCUGAAGAGGAACAGGUGUUUGAGCUCUGCUUCAAGAUCCUUCCCCCAGCCACCGGCGAUCAGGACCAGACUGGGAAGGUGACCUGCAGCUCCUAUAGCAUACAGAUCAUAAACCUGACCCCUGACACCAACUACCAGUCCUCUAUCAAGAGAGUAAAUGUCAGCAACUUGGUUUAUGGAAUGUGGAUCAAUACCAUGACCCUGCACACCAAGGCUGUUUCAGCAAACUCCACAGACUGA